AUGGCUGUUGUCAAGCCCGCUUCUCACUGGCGAGGGCUGGCAUCUGAUUGCGAGGGCGAGGAUGAGGUUCUGUCAGCUCAAAACAGAGAACUGCCUGCGGCAAUCUGCCUCCAGGAGCGCCAGCAAAGUAACACCGUAAAUUUCGGCCAGAAAACAGCGCUGGAGGGUUGCGACAGCUGCUUGUGGAUGGCAAGCAUGUUUCGCGAGGCGGAGGACGCCGUAGGCUCAAGUCGAAAUUAUGGGGGGGGGGGGGAGCGCAGCGUGCGCGGAUUCCGCCGUUUCGUCGCUGAGUCGCAGGGCACAAUCAAAGACGUGAGCGCCGCAAAGGAGGCUAUGAAGGGGGGUGGGAAGAAGGAAAAAGUUGAGGGAAGAGGGCAAGCCGGCGACGCGGGCAGGAGGGAGUACUUUAUAGCUGGCGCGCAAAGCGGCGAGGCACCAGCAGGGGCUGGGCGGGUGCCACCAAACCCGGAGGGGAAGGCCGCGACACUGAGAUAA